AUGACAUCAAGAAAACGUUCUCCGCAUGAUUUUAUCUUUAAAGAAGAACUAGGACAUGGGUCAUAUUCUACAGUUUAUAAAGCCGUCGAUAAAAGAAACAUCAAGAAAGUAUAUGCCAUAAAAGUAUGCUCCAAAGCUCACAUAAUAAAGGAAUCCAAAGUGAAAUAUGUAACCAUUGAGAAAAAUACAUUGAACCUACUGGCAAGAGCUAACCAUCCAGGUAUUGUUAAAUUAUAUUACACAUUCCAUGAUGAAGAGAAUUUGUAUUUCGUAUUGGAUUAUGCUCCUGGUGGUGAAUUACUAUCUUUGUUACAUAAGAUGAAAACGUUUAGUGAGUCCUGGGCAAAACAUUUCACUGUUCAAUUGGUAGAUACGUUGGAGUAUAUUCAUUCACAAGGUAUAAUACAUCGAGAUUUAAAACCUGAGAAUGUUUUACUUAAUAAAGAGGGGAAAUUGAUGAUUACAGAUUUUGGUGCUGCUUCCACUUCCAACUCAUCAUCAUCGUCAUCAGCUGACGAUCUCGAUAAUAGCAAUAAUCACAGUUCAUCAUCUUUUGUCGGAACAGCAGAAUACGUGUCACCAGAAUUGUUACUUUAUAAUCAAUGUGGGUUUGGUUCAGACGUUUGGGCAUUGGGUUGUAUGAUAUUCCAGUUCAUUAACGGGUUCCCACCGUUUAGAGGCGAGAAUGAAUUAAAAACAUUUGAAAAAAUUGUUGCAUUAGAUUAUCCAUGGAAUAUUAGUAAUAGUAUAGUUAGUGAUAAUUAUCGAGUCGGUGAUGUGAAUCCAUUAAUUAUUAACUUAGUAAGGAAAAUUUUGACAUUAGAUGUGGAUAAGAGAAUAUCUUUGAAACAAAUGAAAUUAGAUCCAUGGUUUGCAAGUACGAAUUGGAAGGAUAAAAACACGAUAUGGAAGGGCAUUUGGCAAAUAUCUACAUCUUCUUCGUCUUCCACUACUGGGUCUGAUUUCUUAACUCCAUCGAUAUUUAACACCAAGGAUGACAUGCAACUAGCUUCGCAUCAACAGCAUCUUAUACCAAAUAAAAAAUUGCAUAUCAUCGAUACCCCAAUAAGAAACAUACCUAUAACGAAACAGAAAAGAAAGAAACCAGCAAAAAUACUGAAUACAACCAGUAGUAUUGUGGAGUGGAGGAAAAGACUUGGAAUCUCUCCAAAUAAUGUCGACACAAAAAUAAUAAAUGUAUCACCUCUGGAGAAUACGACCGUAAAUAAAAACAACCAAUUACCAACGCCAUCAAGUACAGCGGGUAAAGAUCGAUCAAAUAGUGCAAUAAUGCCUCCUCUGACCUUUGAAGAAAAUACAGCAAAGAUUUCACCCAAUCGCAACAUUUAUUCCAAUUAUAGAAUUCAUUCCCAAUCAUCACCACCCGUAUAUAAUAACACAACAUCGGAAAUACCGCAUAUCAAUCCGUCAUUAUCUACUCAAAGUCAAAGUCAACAUAUUAGUAAUAAAAUUGACAAUAAACCCAAUACAAGCAUUAACUAUCCAUCCAACUACUUAGAAGUGAAUGGUACAAUCAACACCAAUAAGAUUUAUAAUCUUCCUCAUCAACAAGAACUUCCGAAAAAUAAUACUAUUAACAAUAUAGCACUUCCUCCUUCAAAAACGAGUCCAACUAAAGUUCAGUCGAAUAAUUUCCAAAAGAGUAUACCGACAAAUUCGAUAAGCGAUCCAGAUAUUUAUAAACAGGAUUAUGUAUACAUUUAUUCCAUCCAAUACGAUAAGGAGGGACCAGUCAUGUCAUUAGAUAGCUACAACAGAAUAGAUAAUGAUUUAAUUACCCAGUUAGUUGCCAAAUAUAAAUCAUCAUUAAAAUCAGUGAAUAGAUUACCAUCUUUGCUCACUUUAUACAAGAAUGGAACAUUAUCAUAUAGAAAUGUUGAUUCUUUAUCAUCAUCACCAUCAUCGGCUCAAAGGGAAAAACAUUCUUCUUCAAAAAAUUAUAGUAGUAAUCGUGGCUCCACUAGAGACGAAGGUAACGGUUCAAUAGCUAUGGUGAAUAUCAGUGACUCGGAUUUAUCAAUGUACGAUUUCGAAUUCAACGAAGUUACAAGGAAAGGAUUCUUAAUCUUAGAAAAAUAUCAUGAUAAACUCUGGUUUAUUUCGUUACCUUCAAUUAAUAUAUUAUCGUCAUUAUCACCAACUUCUAGAACUUUUAUGGAAUCUUCUUCAAUCAACGUUUCCAAGAAUUGGAUCGAUUGUUUCUUUGAAGCAAGACAAUUAAUUGAAAAGAAUAUAUCUGACAAGCUUAAAAAUGUUAACAUCAGUGAUUCACAAUUACCCAAUAAUGAAGAAGGUACUAUACCGACGCUAAAGAAUAAUACAACGAUUAAUACCCGAGCCCUUCCUCCUGUCAUAAAUGGUGAUAAUAAUAAUAGUAAGAGUCGUACAGAGGCACAAAAAAUUGAAAUUUCAAUACCAUUAAAAUCUGUAGGAAAAAGUAUAGAACCAUUAAGCCCAAGUAACGCAGCACCUAUCCACAAGAAUGCAACAAAUCCAUUGACGAACGGUAGUGUAUCUCAUAAACAAUUUCAUCAGCAAGCAUACCUACCAAGCAAUACCACCCGAAGGGUAAGCGCUGGGAGCACAAAACCAACAUCUGCACACUCACAAGUCCCAGUAUCGCUAGGAGUGAACUCCAAAAAUAUGAUAAACUAUAAUGUCCAUUCAACAGCCCAUCAAUUUGUAUCUCCUUCCCCAUUGCCUUCUGUAAUGGUAAGUACGUUGCGAUCACCUUCAUCUCCUGUUUCUUCGCCGGCACAACGACAACGCAGUAAUCCAACACCAAACCAAAUUCACAAUCGUAGCCAUUCCCAACCUUCAUCACCAUUAUUAAACUCUAAAUUAGGUACAUUCAAGGCAUCACCGCUGCCGCCUCAUUCUCAUUCACCUGUACUAAUUACAUCGACAUCUCGAUCGCCAAAUGCAUACCCUAAGAAAUACCAUGCUCCAAAAAAUAUGGUCAUUAGUAGUAGUAGGUAUGAAGUAUUACAUACUUUGAACAAUGAAAAAUCCAGGAAUACUUCUGAAUCCACUGUAGCAAGUAGUGGUGCUUCUGCCGCAUUUAAAAAUUUACAACAGAGAAAGAAAGAAGAAGAAGCAGGAAUAGCUACGCUAGGACCUCAAAAUCAUCAUAGAACCCAGAGCAACUCUCGCUAUUAUAAUCUUAAGAACAAGAAAUAA